AUGGAGGAAUUGGACUACAUCCCGGAUUGGCUGCAGGCUGACAUCACGCAAGCGAAAAAGCAAGGAGAACUGGCAAGUGCGCAGAAUGCACAAGGAAUAGUUGAUGGUGGCGACAUGGAUGUAUCUCAUACAGAGGAAAUUGAACAGGCUGUUGGAUCGCCAACGCGAAAGGGUGAUGCUAAUCGUCUUGCCGAUAUACCAUCUGGAGGUGGCCACCAAUUACGUGAAGAUGCAGUCUGGAGGUAUGCCAGAGAAGCCUUCGACGUCAACAGCAACGAUGCAGUCUUUGAUGCGUUGUGGAGGUUGCUCCUUGAGAAAAAUGAACCCCGAUUGCUGCAGAAUAUUAAAUCGGUCAGUGGUCAUUUACUUCAGGACUUUGGCAUCGAAAUCGUUGCUGACCAUCCACUGUUAGUAGAAGGUGAAUCCUUAGAAGCGAUGGUGGUGACCGAUGAUGGCUUGGUAUCAGCAGAAAUUGUUGACGAGGAAAUGAUUCCGGAAGGUGCAACAAUAGAAAACGUGGAAAUUGUGGAAGAAAGUGUAGUCAUCGACGAACAACCUGCUACGGUUACAAAAUGA